CGCUGGAGUUAACCGCGCCGGUGCGGGAGCUUGGGGGCUUCUUGAAGAGUGGACAGCGGAGACAGCUUCGUGUCGCGUGGCGAUGCUGACCCCCGCGUUCGACCUCAGCCAGGACGCCGACUUCCUGACCGUUGCCAUCCGCUUGCCCUACGCCCGGGUCUCGGAGUUCGACGUGUACUUCGAGGGAGUCGACUUCAAGUUCUACGCCAAGCCGUACUUUCUCAGGUUAACCCUUCCUGGAAGAAUUAUAGAAAAUGGAAAUGAGCAGGGGUCCUAUGAUGCAGACAAAGGACUUUUUACCAUUCGACUGCCCAAAGAAACUCCUGGCCAACAUUUUGAAGGGCUGAACAUGUUAACUGCUCUUCUGGCACCAAGAAAAUCCAGGACGGCUAAGCCACUUGUGGAAGAAAUAGGUGCUUCUGAAGUUUCUGAGGAAGUAGUAGAAGAUGACGAUGAAGAGCUUGACUGGGAAAUUGACCAGACUCCUUAUGAGGAAGCGACCGAAAGUGCUUUGAAUCCACAGUGCCCCUACGGCUUCGGAAACUUGCGGGCAGGAGUGUUUCAGCGAUUACAGGAUGAAUUGAGUGAAGUUAUUGAUGUUAAGAAUCCAGAUUUCACCCCCGCAGCUGAACGAAGGCAGAAACGCCUCACUGCUGAGCUGGCCAAAUUUGAUCCUGACCAUUAUCUAGCCGACUUCUUUGAAAAUGAGGCAGUUGAGCAGAUUUUGAAGUAUCGUCCUUGGUGGUGUGAUGCGUAUUCCAAAAUGGUGGCCUCCUUGGAAAACAGGCAGGAACAAGAUCAUGCUGGAUUCGUGUCUUUUUCUGAGGAAGAGAAAUAUCAGCUGCGAAAAUUUGUCAAUAAAUCUUACCUGCUAGACAAGAGAGCUCACCAGCAAGUAUACUACAGUUUAAUUGAUAUCCUUCUGGCCUACUGCUACGAAAUCCAGGUUACCGAAGGAGAGAGGAACGUUGAGUCUGCAUGGGCUAUCCGAAAACUGAGUCCGACUCUGUGCUGGUUUGAGACUUGGACAAAUGUUCAUGAAAUCCUGGUGGCCUUUGGAAGAAGAGUUUUGUGCUACCCACUUUAUCGUCACUUUAAGCUGGUAAUGAAGGCACACAGAGACACUGUAAAGAUCCUGCAGCUGGGUAAAAGUGCAGUCUUGAAGUGUCUCCUGGAUAUCCACAGAAUAUUUCAGGAAAACGACCCAGCUUACAUUCUCAAUGACCUCUACAUCUCCGAUUACUGUGUAUGGAUUCAGAAGGCCAAGUCUAAAAAAUUGAGCACUCUUGCCAAAGCCUUGAAAGAAGCCUCCCUGACCAAGGCCCAACUGGGGUUAGAGCUGGAAGAGCUGGAAACAGCUGCACGUCUUGUCCAGGAGGAGGAAGCUGCUGGAAAAGUGGCCCCUUCUGCAUCCCCACCGGCUCCUGGCUCCAGCCCUGAGGCAGGUGACUCAGGGUCGUCGGAGUCAGAGUCGGAAUUGGAAUCGGACUCGGAAUCGGAAUCAGAGGGCACGCCUUCACCGGGCACUGAGGAUUCCGCUGCUGAGGAGCUCAGCGGGAGCCAGGGUGCGCCGGUGACUUCUCCACUUGGCCCCUUUCUCCAAGCAGCGAGCAGUGCCCUGCCUGUCAGCACCCGGCCUGUCAGGGAUGGCGUAGCCUGUGUGGACACCCCUGGUCAAGCCCUCAGGCCUCUCAUCGAGGAACUUGGGGAGCAGCUGAGGGCCACACUUCAGGUGGCCCAGCCCGAGGGCACCACUGCUGUGAGCCACAGCAGCAUGCAGGGCAGUGAAGCAUCAGAUGCUGAAUGAAUGACUCACAGGUUUUGUUCAAGGUAGGGAAUUCGAUCAGCUUUGGUUUCAUCUGCUGAAUUAGAGCUCCUUUUUUCUCUGUGCUUCUCUUUGUAUAUAUCACAUUGUUUUAUAGUUUAUACCUUGUGGAAUGUUUAUACCUUUUAGUUUUCUUGUUGUAACUUGAAAAAUAAAGUUCUAAUGUCCUUUUUCCAAGUGUAACUAAUACUUAAUAAUGAAAAUAACAAUUCUACUGGAAUCUAGAGUGCAGAGGUUAAUGUAACCUCAUUAAUACACUUAUUUUAGUUUUAUGGGGGUGUUCUUGAUAUAUAGGAAAGUGGUCACACUUGAAAUGUGUAAUGUGAUAAGUAGUGACAUAUGAUUACAGCAUAUGACAACACCUCCACAACCAGGGUAAAGAGCCUCCCCCAUCACCCCCAGGUGGUUGUAUCCCUCUGUUAUCCUCUCCUCCUGCCUGGCCAGGUGCCACCCACCUACAUCCCCCAGUCAAUCACCAAGCUGCCUGUGUCACUAUAUAGUGGUUUGCAUCUCCUAGAAUUUUAUAUAAAUUGAAUUAUGCAAUUGGUACAAUUUUUUCAUCAGGCUUACUUCACUCUGUAUUUUGAGAUUGAUCUGUGUCAAGAGUUUUUUUUUUUUUCUUUUCCUUGCUGAAUAUUAUUUCAUUGAAUAGAUUUGUUCAUUCAGCUGCUGAUAGGAAUUUGUGUCAUUUCCAGUUCAGUGGUGUUACAGAGAAAGCUCUUGUGGGCUGGGGAGAUAGA